UGAGAAGGGUGCUUAGAAAAGCGUCGUGAGCAUCCGCAGCAAGGACAUGGAGCCUGAAGACCUUCCACCCCCUGCCUGAGGCCACCAAGAUCCCCUCACCUAGUCGUCCUACCUGUAUUUCAUGCAGUACUUCCUUCUCUCGCCAUGAAGAGGAAGAAGAACGCAGAGGUGAACACUAAAACCCCAGUUAGUAAAGCCACACCUUUACCGAAUUCUGAUCAGACACUAAGCCAGCUCUCUGAAAAGAAGCGAAGAGUUCCAACCACGUUGCUGCCAACUUGGUACAAGGAACCAGUGAUCUUCAAAGAUGUAGCUGUGUACUUCAGCCAGAAAGAGUGGCAGCUACUGGAGCCUGCUCAGAAGGACCUGUACAAGGAUGUGAUGCUGGAGAACUACGGGAACCUGAUCUCUGUGGAAUAUUAUAUUUUCAAGCCAAGGCUGAUCACCAGAUUAGAGCAGGGUGUUGACCUUUUCGCCAAAGAGAAUGAUGUUCCUGAAGAACGCCAGCAAGGUGAGGCAGGAGUCAGCCGGAGCGACACCUCUGCAGGAAAGAAGACAGGGAAUAAUUCGAAGACAGAAAUCCCGAAGCCAGACAAUUCUAAGACAACGUCUCGGGAGAAGCAGAAGAAAGCAGAUCAAGGGGGUGGUUCCAAGAGUUUGAGUGCAGAAAAGCCUUCCAAAAGUGAUGUCAGGCCAUCUCAGAGAAAGGAGAAGUGUGGCCCAACUUCGACAAGAGAAGCAGGCAAAGCAAUUACUCCCGGCACUAAGGAGCAUGGAUCUGUGACGCCAGGAACAUCUUCGAGUAAAGAGUCAGCAGCUACAGCACCACCGAGCACCCCUCCUGAAAAGUCAACUUUGGGGAAAGACUCUCAUGGAAAAACACAGUAUGGCAGCAACUCCACCAAGCCCAAGCGUAAGCCUGCCCGACAAGGUAAGAACCACUUUAAAUGCAAGGAAUGUGGGAAGACCUUCAACCAGACCCUCCACCUCGUGGAGCACGAGAGAAUUCACACAGGAGAGAAACCCCACAAGUGCGACACUUGCGGGAAAUCUUUCAGGCACCUCUCGUACUUCCUUACACACUACCGAAUUCACACGGGGGUGAGACCCUACAAGUGUAAGGAGUGUGGCAAAGCCUUCAACAGCAGCUCCACUCUCAACAAUCACUGCAGGAUCCACUCGGGGGAGAAACCCUUCAAAUGUGACGAGUGUGGCAAAACCUUCAAGCAGAGCACGAAGCUCACCCGCCACCAACGGAUCCACACGGGGGAGAGACCCUACAAGUGCGGAGAGUGUGACAAAUGCUUCGGCCGCAGCUCGUCGCUGAGGGAGCACAAGAGGAUCCACACUGGAGAGAAGCCGUACCGCUGCCAGGUAUGUGGGAAAUCCUUCAGGGUCAACUCCCAUCUUUCGGAGCACCAGCGGCUCCACCUGAAGGUGAAGCCCUACAGGUGUGACAAGUGCGGGCGGCACUUCCGAAACAGCACUUACUUAGCAGAGCACAAGCAGAGCCACGUGCCCGGAGCCCGAGUGGACUGCUCGGAAUGCGGGAAAGUCUUUGAUUGCAAAGUAGCCCUUCUCAAGCACCAGAAAAGACACGAGGCAAACUCCAGGUAUCGGUGCAAGGGAUGUGGGAAAACGUUUAGGUGCAAAUCAAGCAUCCAGAGGCAUGAGAGGCUGCAUGCUGGGGAGAAGCCUUUCGUGUGCACGAAGUGUGACAAAGGUUUCACUGACAAAACUACGUUGAACAAUCACUUGAAGAUCCACUCUGGAGACAGGCCAGAUCCGUGUGCCCAGUGUGGGAGAACCUUUAAGAAACUGGCCACCCUGCUGCUUCACCAGAAAAAGCAUGUGAAAAAGAAACCUGCCGACAAUGUAUAAAAGACUUCCUUUAGCCAGAACUCACCUCUUGGAGUCCUUGGAACUAAGUUGAAAUGAGAGAAACUAUAUAAGUGACCAGUUUCUUCAUUUCUUAGUAGCUGUUUACUUUUAAGCCAGUAGUUGUCCACAGAAGACUGGUUUCAACCCUUCCCCUACUCGGAGCAUUUGUGCAAUAUAAAUAGACAUUUUUUUGUUAUUAUUCUAGCAUUAGGUGCCAUUAUCAACUGACAUCUAUGAAUAGAGGCAAAGGGUGAUAUCAAAUAUUCUACAAUGUAACAAACAGACUCCCUUGCCUUCCAAUAACUAAGAAUGAUUUUCCUCUCUCAAGCAAAAGCCAUAUGGGCAUUUGGAUUUGAGAAGGAGUUCAGGUAGAGCUUCCUCUGUCAGCCACUACAGUAACCACUAACUAGGCAUGGCUGUUUAAAUGCCAAGGAACCAGCAUGUAAUAAACAUUCAAAGGCAGCCUCUUAGCUGCAUCAUCAACAUUUCAAGGCCUCAGUGGGCAGUUGGUUUCUCUGGUCACUGAUAUCAUGGACAACUAACAUUUUCAACACCAUGGAAGACUCUAUUCGGAGCUCAUUUAUAUCUUAGUGAUCAAUAACUAUCUCGUGGGAUGGCCCUGAGAAACUAGGACACAACUUUUUGAUGUUGACUUUGUGCUUUUGAUAGCAGAAUGUAGCAUUUUCUAAGUGUCGUGAAUGUGUCGGAGCCUGCGAUGUUUGGAGCACUUUCAGAUCUCCGAUUGGUCAGUGCCCCACCCACAGGACUCCUACCUCUGUGUGUGCAGUGGGUUACUAAUAACGUCACUGAUAACUGUGAGCAUUCCCUGAUCACUAUCUACCUAUCAAGUGUGGUGCUGAACUCCAUGUGAAUUAGCAGAUCUAAUUCUCGUUAGAGUCCUAUGAGAUAAGAACUCUUAGGUACCUAGUUUCCUGUUGAGAAAAUCAAGACUGUUCCUUAAGAGUAUCCUUCUUCUUCUUCUCCACCCUCCUCCUCUCAGAGGACUCCUACCUCCAUUGUGCCUCAGGCAGAAUGAUCAGUAGGUUACAAACAGUAUUACUGAUACAGUAGAGUGUUUAUUGAUGUCCUUCUACCUAUCAAAUAUGGUGCUGAGAUAUUUACGUGAACUAUAUCAAUUAAUCAACCCUACCAGUCAUUUGAAAGAAGAAGCAUUAUGUACCUUUAUUUUUUGUUCCCUUGUGUUUUUUGAGGCAGAGUCUCACUGUGUAGCCUAGACUAGCCUCAAACUUGUGACAGACGUCCUGCCUCGGUCUUUCCAGGGCUGGGACAACAGGUGUGAGCUGCCACACCCUGCUGAGCUGCUUGGUAAUGAUGUGUUAUUUCCAAUUUUGCACUUAUAGCAAGACUGCAUUGCUAAUUUCAUAUUGCACUCUUUCAAAUAGAUAAGAUAUAUUAUAUAUUUGCAUAAAUGUGUCUUUAAAGCUUGUGUGUGUGAGUGCGAUGUGUGUGUGUGUGAGUGUGUGUGUGUGUGUGUGCUUACGUUUCUGUGUUAACAGCUCCUGAUAGCAGAAAGCAGGAGCUGGGACAGAGGUCAGUAAAUCCUGGAGUGUACAGAUAUAGAUGGAUCUAGCCACAGCUACUUGGAAGGUUUUGGUACAUGCCACACAGACUCAUUUAUGAAUUUUCUGUCCAGUGGUUAUUUGGAGGCACACAAGAUGAUGCUGAGUUAGGGAACAGAGACCCAACAUCUCAUUGGCUGCAGAUAUUUUCUCUGUGACCUUUGAUGGAAAGCAUUGGCUGGCCACCUCUUGAUGAUGGAUGAGCUGGAAUGGAUGGAGACUCCUACCUCCAGUGUGCCUAGGGCAGAAUGCUUAAUAACAUCACUGAUAACUGUGAGCCUCUAUUGCUCACACUCUACUUACCAAGUGUGGUGCUGAACUCUGUGUGGCGGUUAGCAGACCUAAUCCUCACCAGAGUCCUAUGAGAUAAGAACUGUUACGUACCUAGUUUUCUGUUGAGAAAACCAAGACUUUUCCUUAAGAGUAUCUAUCUCUCCUCUCUUCUCCUUUCCUUCUUUUUUUUAGUUACAGGACUCCUACCUCCAUUGUGCCUCAGGCAGAAUGAUCAGUAGGUUACUAACAGUAUUACUAAUAUAGAUGAGUGUUUAUUGAUGUCCUUCUACCUAUCAAAUAUGGUGCUGAGAUCUUUACAUGAACUAUAUCAAUUAAUCAACCCUACCAGUCAUUUGAAAUAAGAAGCAUUAUGUACUUAUUUUGUUUUUUUAUUCCCUUGUGUUUUUUGAGGCAGAGUCUCACUGUGUAGCCUAGACUAGCCUCAAACUUGUGACAGUUGUCCUGCCUCGGUCUUUCCAGGGCUGGGACAACAGGUGUGAGCUGCCACACCCUGCUGAGCUGCUUGGUAAUGAUGUGUUAUUUCCAAUUUUGCACUUAUAGCAAGACUGCAUUGCUAAUUUUAUAUUGCACUCUUUCAAAUAGAUAAGAUUUAUUACAUGUUUGCAUAAAAUGUGUGUUAAAAUUUUGUAUAUUGUAUGUGUGUGUGUACGCGCACGCAUGUGUGUGCACGCACGCAUGUGAGCACACACGCAUGUGAGCACACACUGCAUUUCUGUGUAGAUAGCUCCUGAGGGCAGAAAGCAGGAGCUGAGACAGAGGUUAGUACAUCACGGAGUGUACAGACCUAGGUGGAUUCAGUCACAGCCUGCUGGAAGAGGAGUUUUAGUACAUACCACAUAGACUUGUUUAUGAAUUGUCUAUCGAUCCAAUGGCUGCUUUGCGGCUUACAAAGACAGCAUCAAGUUAUUAGAACAGAGACUCAGCAUCUCAGUGAAGCUGAAAAGACUCUAUAGCCAAUGGAGAGCUGGCUAGCCACCUCUGAAUGGCUAACGAACUGGUGAGAAUUAGGGAGAAAGUGAUUCAGACAAAGAGAAGGCCAACUCUGUGGCAGCCCCGCUGGAAGUCUUCUGCCACAUCUCUCGGUGUUGAAGAUCUGCGGCAUUGCAAUCCAGUACAGAUUACCUGUGUGUGUUUGUGUGCACAUGGCCACAUGUCUCUGCAUAUUAGAAGACAAAUUUUGGAGCUGUGGAGAUGAUUCAGUGGUUAAAAGCCCUUGCCACAAAAAUGUGAAGAACCAAGUUCAAGUCUCCAGAAUCCAUGUAAAUGCCAGGUGGGGGUGGCAGCCCUCCUGCACUUCCAGGCUCAGAAGGUAGAGAUGGACUCUCAGAGCAAGCUAGCUAGAGAGACUAGCCACAUUGGAGAGCUCUGGGUUUGAUUGUGAGAGUCUGUUUCGAUGAACACGGUGGACGAGUGAUGGAGGUCAAUUGCUGUUAUACAUACUGUGGACCUCCAUUUGCAUCCUCCCACACAUAUGUGUACAUAAACAUGUAGAAAUGUAUGCACAUAUGUGCACAUAACACAUGUGCAUGAAUAUGGAAAAAGCAAAAAUGAACCAAAAAGACAAGUUCCACGACUUACCAGCUUGAAAUGUAGGUCCUAACAGCUCUCACUCUGAAGUGCCAGAGACAACACUCUCAACUGAUUGAAGAACCUCGUCACCCACAGUUUGCAAAGCUCUGAUGGGUAACAGGGCAGCAAGUGAUGUGACCAGAAUCUUCAACUGCCUCCCUUACUAGACCCUGAGCAAUGCUUGAACGACUUAUCUAUCCAAAGACAUAUGGUGGUUCGCCCCAUGAUACCAACUAAACUUGUGACCUUUCAUGUGCUCUAGAUGCCACCAAUGGAGCUGGGAGCAAGGGUUUAGUAAUGAACCCAGGCUCAGUGGAUUGUCUUCAUAUUGCAUUCAGAACAUUUUAUUUCCACGCUUUGCUCUAAGAGGGCAGGAGGGGGCACAGAUAUCUUACAAUAAGAGUAAAAAAACCGCAGAUAAAGAAAUCCCAGGACUCUGGUUGGAGCUCUUUGGUGAUGUGGCUGCUAACUCUUGGGAAGAUCACAGGAGUGUUUUGUGUAGAGUAGACUACAUGCAGCCAGUUAUUUUUACACAGACUGUUUUAUUACUGAGAUAUUUUCAUGUGUAUGGACUUGGCUAUGUAAGAGAAAAAGGAGACUUUAUAUUUUCUGUGAUCCUUUUGGUUUGCGAACAAGAAGCCAGCUCACACUAGCUGAGAUGAAGACCGAAGUAACCAAAAGAAACUGGACAUGCGUACUUGGGAGGGCUCCUUGCAUAAAGUAUUCAUGAUGGCUGGGAACCUUGAUUGAAAUCAGGAACUUGAUCCAGGCAAGACAUCUCUUGACUCUGGAGCUCUGGGUAUUUACUCACAUAGUCCUUCUUUCGGUAGACCCAAGCAUUCACCAUGUUGGGAAGAUUUGGCUUCCAGCUAUGCAGAUGCUUUUCAAACUUAGAGGAAAGAGAGGUCCUCUCAUCCAGAAGAAGAUCCCAGCAAGGCUUGUUGCAAUUGGGAAGCAGUCUGACGACUGGUUGGUCCCUCCUCAUCCUUGAGCACAUGCAAUAAUAACAUAGCACUUUUGUUAAUUUUUUUGAAGACGGUCUCUAUAGGGGGAUGCCGGAGAGACAGGACCCAUCUCUCUGCAGUAGAAUGGACAGUGAUGGCGCAGCUGGAGAAGAACUGAUUGAAGCGUUGCCGGCAGUAACAACCGAAACACCCUCGAGCUCAAAGCAGGUUGGGUUUUUGUUGUUCUGUUUUUCAUAAUAAAAUUAUUAUAUUCAUAGACUAGCAAGAUGACUAAGCCAGUAAAGGUGCUUAUUACUAAACCUGAUGGCGUGAGUUCAAUCCCAGGGCCCCACACGAUGGGAGGAGAGAACAAACUCUGGCAAGCUGUUCUCCAACCUCCACAUGGGUACCCUGGCUGGAACACGAGCACAUGCAUAUACACACAAUAAAUAAGUGUAACAAGCAUGUAUUUUUUGAUUUGUAAUGCAUCUAUGAAUAGUAUUCAAAGUUUAGUCAGAAGGUAUAUAUGAAGGUUUGUUUUGACAUAGCAACAAAAAUGUAUACAUAGCAAAUAUUAAACAAUGAAACAUGUUAUACAUAGUUUCCUCUCUCCCUUCCUCUCUCCUUCC